GCCAUUGCUGCGACGGCGGCGGCGGCGGCUGCCGCAGCGGGUGCCGCCGCCCAUGCGGCGGCGGCGGAACUUGCCGACGUGGACGAGCGGCUGGCGGCGGCGGAGGCGCUGAUGGCGGAGCUGACGCAGGUGGAGGCGGCGGCGGCGGCAGCUGGCAGCGCCGCCGCAGGUGCUGCUGGUGCAUCCCAGUCGCAACCGCCCCAGCAGCCGCAGCCGCAGGAGCAGGGGGCUGCUGUUAAGGGCCUAGCGGCGGCGUUGGCGGCGGCGCUGUCAGCGGUGGAGGCGGGUCGGGAACACGGGUUGGCUCCGCGCAUUGAGGUGCAGGGGGACACGGUGCGCAUCAGAGUGGGGGAGCAGGAGCUCUUCUCAGCGGCGAUGGGGCCGGCGGCGGCGCCGAUGGUGGCGGCGGCGGCGGCGGCAGCGGCGGCGGCGGAUGCUGCUGUGGCAGGCGUCGGCGGUGGCGAGGGCGGUGAAGCUGGUGCGUCGGCGUCGGCGUCAGCGGCGGUGGCGGCAUCAAGGGCGGGUGGAGGAGAGGGAGAGGGUGUCCACGGCAGCGGUGGUGAAGGCAGCGGAGGAGGUGGCUGGCAUGGUGGUGUGGCUAACGAGGAGGACGAGGAGAAGGGGCCGCAUGUGGAGGGAGGGGAUUUGGGAGGAGGAGUUGGGGAGGAGCUGCAACAGCAUGAGAGCGCGGGCGAAAGCAGCGACGACGACGAAGAAGAAGAAGAGGAAGAAGAAGAAGAAGACCAGUCGUCAGGCGCAGAGUCCGGUUCAGAGUUGGAAACAGAUGAGGAAGAGGAAGGGCUGAUAGAUAUGGAUGACGAAGAUGAAGACGACGCCGACGAGAAUGCCGUUCUUUCCACCGCCGCCGCCGCAGCGGAAAGUGCGAUACUCUACGGCACGGCUCUUGCGAUAGCGGCGGCGGCGGCAUGCGACGACACGCUGGCGGAGGUGGAGGCGGAGCUGGCGGCGGAGGCGAUUAGGGCUAAUAGCAGCGGUGGCGGUGGUGACGGAGGCGCAGUGGCUAUGAUGGAUGCGACGCCGCCGCCGCCGCCGCUGCGGGCUCAGGCCGUGUUCCCCCCUGUGGCGCCCAUCUUCCCCAUCUCGCCCAACCUGACAGCGCUAGCUCCCGGAGUGGGACACAUGUUCGGAUGGGAAUCUCGCGCGCACGCAAAGCACUUGGCGAGGAUCCCGCUGCGGCAGCCCUGGUGCGCCAACCUGCUGGCAACCAAGUUGAUCAGCUGUGAGGACCUGCGGCCGCAGUUCAACGAGAGUCGGGGCGGCUGCAACAUUGAUGUGGGCAUAGUGGCGGUGCAGGGCCCUGCUUCUCCUGCUGCGGGCAGAGGGCCGCUGGUGCAGCUGCUGGAGGGAGUCAGCCUGUUGUGAGGGGGAGGAGGGUGGGGCUGCUGGGGAUGCUGGCGGUGCGGAUGCGGCUGUGAUGCGGAGUGUUGAUAAAGGGUGUGGGCGGUGCUCAUUCGGUGGUGUUGCUUUGCUGGUUGUAGGAGGUUGGGAGAUGUUGGAGGCCGUGAUUGAAACGUUGUUUGUGCCCUUCUUCCUGCAGAGGCGUCAAGAAGAGUUGCGGGUUUGUUGCGAGGGGUCUGUUAGCGCGUACGGCAGCGUGGCCGACUCCGAAGGCAGCAAGGUACUGCAAAGGGCCUUGUGUGCGUUGCCCCGGUGUGCCCCCCAGCCACAUCCACUGCAACAUGCCUUUGGGGGGGGUGUCGGAGACCGCAUUAGGACUCAUGGCUCAUCAGGGUCAUCGCACUGUAAGUGGAGCAUUUUGAAACAGUCAUUCAUUCAUCAGCGGUUGCAGGGAGUGCGACCUACGGGGAGCGCCCCAGUAGCUGGAGUCCUGGCGGGCACAGGCUGCGUGUCGCUUUGGGGCAGGGUGGCCGUUCCUUGCAUCCCAGGCUGGCUGGCUGGAGGGCCGAUGUUUACCUGGGGUGAUGAAGGCAGGUGUAGGCAGCAGCAACAAACUACAUGCAAGUGUACCGGCAUAUGCCAGCAUCGCCUGUUCCGUGGCACUGCAUGGUUGGUGAGGGAGUCCAACAUGCGUGGAGCCCCUCCGGCACCGGGCUUAUACACCGGGCUUAUAGCCAUAGCCCAUAGGCGUAGUGUUCAUCGCCCCGUUCCUUUGCCAUCCCAGUACACACAGCCAAUACACACAGCCUGGUGUGAUACCUUCAUUCUCCUGCACUUUCCAAGGUCGGUGUGUCACGUCCUCGGCCAGUUGGUUCUCAUACCGGUAACACACGCCGGGCAGCCGGGACGCCCUAAACAUCGACUGCAACGGCUCCCAUAUUAGAUUGCCUUGUCGUUAGCAAGUUACACAGCAACGUACGGUCCUAUUGACACAAUUCAAUUCAAAAACGGUCUCAACGGUUACGAACAAUACGGUAUGCCUAGAAAACGAGGAUACGCAACGCGCCGAGUAGUUUGCUAUUAUAACAAUAUUAUUCUUUGCUUCUGCCGUACAGUGUAGCAACAGUCUUCCUCGCAGUUGUGACUCACCCAAAAAGUGAUAAUGAAGUAGGCAUGUCGCAUGCGCCACGUCCCCUCCUGUCCAAAU